CAUCGUCAGGGCACAAAGUCCCCAAAGGUGUGUUAAAGACACGACUGUACCCGGCAUUGUCGUUUUUCAAAUAUUUCGUCCUGUGGAUUCAGCUGAUUAUAAAUACUUAUUCUGCUUGUGACCCAAAUCAUGCAUAUUGUCGAUGUUAUAAAAUUCAUUACUGCAAUAGCCUUCGUUGAAACAAAGAUAAAUUCAACAGUGAAAGUAGAAACCGAUUCUGCAGAUAUGAAGAUAAGGAUUGGGCGACAUCCAAGGCCAGAACUAUCUGACUUCUCUGAUAAUUAUUGGGUGAUUAUUCGAUAACUCCCGAACAAGGAGAGGAUCUCUCUCUACUUCUGUCAACCGAGUGUACGCGAAAAGGGCUUUUCCUCGAGUGUUGAUGAAAUUCACAAGUGUCGUCUCGUAAAAAGGACCCGGUGUGGAAAAGGCAACAUUGUCUGCUGUGUGGAAGUAGUUCAUAUCGACCUUGAGAGUUAUCUCAAAGCGUGGCGUAUGCAGCGCAUUUACUUGUAACCUGAUAAGAGAUGGAGGCCUUCGGCAGCGCCUCGGCCAAGGACUGCGGAGUCUGCCGCCGAGAGUUCGACGAAGGGGAGAGAUGUCCGCGUAUCCUCGAGUGCUUCCAUACAGUUUGCACCUCGUGCGCCAAGGGCUUCAUCAACGGAAGGGCCCUGAGGUGCCCCUUCUGCCGCGAAGCGUUUGAGGUGGAUCACGUCAGUGACAUUCGCAUCAACGAGGAUGUCUUAGAUCUCACGAGGUACAUCAGAUUUUUGAUGAGAUCUGUACCGCCUCCCCCUCCAAGUGUUGACGAGACCGAUUCCCAAAGCUUUCGUGGGAGUCCCAGCGUCUCUUCGAUGCCUUCUGUUCGAGACGGGACCAUCCAGAACCUGUCGGGCUGUCGGCAGGCUCAGGAACGUGCGGAAUCCUCUGUUCGGAAAUACGUCGAAAUGCAAGAGAGCGUUCUGACAAGUCACAAGACCUUCGAGGAGAAAGUCAAGACCAUCCUAUGCGACAUCAACGAAAAGACUGGCAAGCGGGCGAGAGAAAUGACGACCGCCAUUGAAGAGUUGCAGUCACGGGUCAACGAGGCAUCUGAAAGGCACCGGGUCCUCGGCAGUGUGAAAGAGAAGUUGGACAGCCUCCCUGGAGUCUCGGAGGAUACCCUCCCAUCGUUGUACCAAGCUCAGAAGACCAACGUGGCCGUCCAAGAGUGGCUCACCAACUUCAAGACGUUCAUUAAAAACAAAGAAAUUGUUUGGCUGGAGGAGAAAGAGGUGUUCCAACGGAAAGCAGUCACAAUGAAGAUGAUUAUCGACCUUCUGGAGUCUUGCCGAGCGCCCGAGAGAAGCGAUUCCGUGGCUGCUCGCUUGUUGGAGAGAGCUUCUUUGCUAAAGCUGACGCCGGAGAACCUAGUCCUAAAGCCGAAUGAUUGUGUGAGGUGCUUGGUGGACAAGGGCAAGGUCUAUGUAGUCCACCUGGAUCAGGACAGUGGGAGAGGCAGGAGGUCCUCUAAAAUCUACGUUUCGAAGGACAACAAACUGUGCUUUAGUUGCAUGAAGGAGGAGCGUGUACCCUACAGUGCCCAUGUGUUUGAAUAUGAUGAGCUUAUGCGACUUGCUGACAAUUCUUUCGUGCAGACAUUUUUGGAGUUGGGCACGGAAGCCUGUCCAUCCCUCGGAAGGUUGUACAUCCGCUUCUAUUCGGACUCUCCUCUCGCCAGGCAGUUCUCUUUGCUGUGCAGCGGUGUUUUAGGUCCAGCCUACCUGAACUCCAAGUUCUUGAACGUCUUUCGGAAGGGGUGCAACUGGGCCUGGGUUCGAUGUGGCGAUUAUGAAAACAACGAUGGAUCAGGAGGGAGAGAAUUGGUGUCCGGACUGGGAGUGUCUGGGGGAAAACAGUCCGUGAGGCCCUGCUCAGCAGGAACCUUGGAGGGCUGGUUGGGGUGCGGUAAGGAGGUUGCCUCACAAUUCAUCAUUUACCUGAAGGAUAAUAACAAGAUGGUGAGCGACGAAUGCUCGGGAUUUGUCGAGGAAGGGUUCAACGUCUUGGAAGAGGCCGUGUCUCGUUCAAACAUUGGUGAUGUUCGUGUGGUUGAUUGUGGCAUAGUUCUAAACAGUUCGUUCUCAUAGUGAAUCCAGUUAAUUUUCAAUCAGUAUAGAAUAAAUCUUGAAAGUUAAGGUGAAUAAUUUGAAUAUAUUAAAAAACAGUUCCUUUUAAUCACAAAUGUAUGUUGUAAGGUGCAUUUUUCUUAAAAAAAUAAAACAUAUAUAUAUA